CGUAUGCUAGAGUGUAUGUCCGGUCAUUACACGUUAGAAAUAAGCAAGCUUAACCUUCCACGUUGUACCAAAUUUGAAUGAGAUCUAAAUUGAACAUUAUUACCAGUGGAUCUAUCAAGCGACAGGUUUAUUUAUACAUCGGAUAUCUUAGUAUGUUAUAAACUGUUUCAGUUAUAAAUAAAUUUGUUAAACAGUUAUAUAUCUAUAUACUUUGUGAAAAAACAACUCCCAUCUUACGUUAAUAAUGAUGCACUUGGAACGGAUGAUCUUGCAUGUGAUAUGGUUGACGGCCGUGUGGGCGGUGGACGCCCCUGAAUUCGUGUGCCGGCCGACGGACUGCGGCGUGGUCCGAGCCGUUUGGGUUCGGGCAGGUGUCCCGAGAACGGAUCAUCUGCCACCCGGCCAAUGGCGGCACCCCUUGCCCGACAGAACUUAAGCAGAUCAAAUAUACAGGUAAACGAACCAGCACCCUGUCCACUGCGAAAUCUCUCGUAACAAACUUUAUGGUACAGAACUCAUCAACAAACGGUUGGUCAGUGGGUCGCCUUCGGGACUUGCUCGUCAUCGUUGACGGUUCGGGAAGCAUAGGAGCCACAAAUUUCCAAAAAAUUAUGAACCAAAUGGCCCGCCUCCUUGGCAUGCUGUGCCCCACACCGGAUCCCUUCAAGGGGUACCAGCAGGCGGCACUAAUUGAGUUCUCGGGCAAUGUGCGGGAAAUAUUUGACUUCAAUGAAAAGGCGAAUACACUGGCUGUACAGCAGGGCGUAAAUGGAACGCAAUAUUCCGGGGGCUACACGUGCACCGCCACCGCAUUCAACUACGCUCGAAACACUAUGUUCACAGCCGCUAAAGGUAUGCGGAUCCAAUCGGACGUGAAGCAGGAAGUACUCAUUUUAACGGACGGGCAGUCGAACUGUGGCGGGGACGCCGUUCAGGCCGCCAAGCUACUCGACAAGACGGCGAAUGUGUACGGGCUCAUGAUCGGCGACCACAGCACGGCGGGAAUACAGGAACUGACAAACUACGUUUCCUCGCCAAAGAAUCAGCACCUGUUUACCGUGGAGAACGCACGUGAGCUGGUACAGUUGGUUGACCUCGUGGAGCAGCAGCUGAAGUCUAUACCCUGUGCCCCCUUCGACAUCUGAGUGCAACCACUGUCGUUAUAAUGUGUUUCCUUUAUUAACCCUAUUCUCGAUUUGGUAACUGUGUAGUUGUAUUAUAUAUUUUAUUGAUAAAACCGAUUUGAAUAUGUUUCUUGACACCGGAGCAUCGAGGCGAUCCUGGAGUGUUUGAGAUCAUUUCGAUAGAUACAAGUGUCUUGGGUAAAGGAGCAUUAUUAUCACCGGAGUGAAAAUAAUAAAUACCUGUCCAAUAAGAUAGCAUAUUAACUCGAGAUGAUAUAUUAUUAAAAAAGGGAAAAUAAUAAAAAAAAAAGUUUAAAGGAAGGCUUCUUUGUAAGCUUUUAGUAUUGAAUUGUCCACUCUUUUUAUUUGGCGCCUUUUCAUACGAUUAUAAGGUUCCACCCAGAACAUUUUAAUUCACCAGAUGGUGCAUUUCAUUUGUUAAUUGAAUCCAAACUUUAUAUAGAUAUUUGAACUUUAUGAAAUCCACAAUUUAACGUACACGUCCAAAUAUGUUUAAGACGAUAAAAUUGUUUAAUACAGAAAACAUUGCAUGCUGAACAAUAUUUCUAUUUCCGUAUUGAAAAACAUUUGUUAAUUUUAAGCAUUGUAUCAUUUUGUAGUUAAGGAACUGGUAAAUUGUUAGUACUAAGCGAGGACAAUAUGUCUUGAUAAGAUUAGUACGGUACAUGGCGGUCCCUGGUGGCCGGUUCAAUUAAGAUCUAAAUCAAUUUUAGUCGUACAUUAAGAUUAUUUCAGUGUCAUAGUCUCAUUAUUUUGCUUCUUACUGAUUGAAUUAAGCUUUAGCCCGUAUCUAAAAUGAAAACACAAAACUGAAAAAAUAUCAAUAUCAACAUAUUGCCAUCUGUUACGUUUAUACAAAUUUAAGAUUAUUGAAGAUACGACUAAAAUCCUUUAUUGGAACGGCGUCACGAAUUAUUGUAACUUUAUAUAAUAAUUAUCUUUCCUUUUUUAUGGCUCUUCAUGUACACUUCUUGAUAUAUGCUGUCAAACUAACUUUAUUGACAACCGCCUUUCAAAUGUUAAAUAGCUUAAAUGAUCAUUGGUUAAUACAACCUUCAUGAAUGGAAACGCAAUUUUAUGUUCUUAAAUAAUCUUGUGUUC